AUGUAGCGAGCAUUAAUAUAUAUAUUUAUUCAAAUAUUUGUUAACUAAUAUCAAAAUUUUCUAUCCAUAAUUGAUGUUAUCGUUUUUCGAUUAACACCAAAUCUUCGAGGCUUCUCUAGUAGCCACUCCCGUUCCCCGGGAGUGACGAUCUUUGUCGGUCUAAAACCAAAAUGAUUGUCACUGAUCAUUAUUGAUCGGGGUUUACAUACAUUUUUUACCGAUCAGUUCGUAUUCGUACGCGAGCGCGCGAAAGCGACGACAGAGCCACGGAUGAACGUCGUCGACGAGAUUCAGCUGCAAGCUGCAUGCACACGAGAAGCGGCGAGGGUGAGCCGGCGUACGUAUCACGUACGUACAUACACACACACACACACACACACACGCACAAGUGUGCGCGCGCGCGUGCAUGCACGCCGACGUUGGUUGCUCGUAGUACGUGGUCGUCAGGCUAGUUUUGUUCCGUGCACCAUUUCCUUCGGUCGAGUCGUUGUCCAAUCGUUCGUAACCUCCAAGAAAUCCCGUGAAUCGCUUAGAAUCCGCGUCGUGCGAAUUUUUUUUCACAAGCAUCAUCCAUGGAAGCGGCCGGCGGCGGCCACCGAUACUCGUCAUUGCGCCUGCGCACGUGCGCGCAUCCAUCGUGCUAUUCGUGCUCUCUCGUCGACGCUCGGUCGGCGGCGGCGGUUUCAUGGUGUUGCAUACUUGCAUGGCGUCCUGCGUAGUGCGUACGUGCGCUUAAAUUCGACGGAGCCGUUCGACCCCGCUCUCGUGCACGAGAUACCGGCCGCCCGCAUUCGUACGGCGAGGUCCACGUCGCGAGUAGUCGACCGCGACGAGAGUAAGAAAGGGCGACUAUUAAUAUUUGAGGGGAGAGAAAGAGGCGUGAGGCGGCGAGCGACAGACGAGUUAGCGGAAGAGAGCGAAAGAGAGAAAGAAAGAGAGAGAGAGAGAGAGUGUAUGUGUGCGUGUGUGCGUGAGAGUGCGAAGAGGAGCGAUAGCAGCGAGAUAUUAGCUUGCCGUACGCCAAGUGGGAGGUCUCACGCGGGUUUGUUGCGUUUGCACGCAAGUAAGAUCGCAAUAAGACGAAAAAAAAGGGCGUGGAGUUCAACCGGCCGCGCAACUAAUAGGCACGCCGCUAAUCGCUGUCGUGGCCAUGGGUAAGACGCCAAAGAGGGCGGCCCCUGGGGGCGAUGAGAGGAAUUUGUACGUUCGGAGGCUCAAGGCAACGACCGCGCCGUCGAAAGCUUCUGAAUCUAGCUUGCCCGAGAGACAGCGCGAGUCCGAGAUUACGAACAGGCCAAAACUGAGUGGAAUACAGAAAAAAAUACCACCUGGAGCAGGAAAGAAUUUUAAGAGCAAACUUCGCCCUCCAACAAAAGUUGAUCAUCAUCAAACGACAAAGUCAUUGAAAGUACUAAUGAAAAAUCCAGAUACAAAAAGUGCAAACAUGCAACCGGGAUCGGAAGAAGCCAAAGUCAAAUUAAAUGUAUCAAUUCAAAAAGAAAAUGUUGCAGAAGAAAACAGUAAUAAAACUGUUGAAGCUGAAAAAUCCUCCGUGUCCUGUGUAUAUUCUAAGGAAUAUGUUGAUUGCACUUCCGAACAGACGUCAAGCGGACUUCAAACUGCUACGAAAACUGUCCAGGAAGUAGUUUCUGUAGAGAGUAACACCGUUAUCCAAGAAAAAGAAGGAGUUUUAUUAGGAAAUGUUAAUGCCGAAACCAAAGAGGUGGAAGUGGAAGAGCAAGAUACCAAUGAUAUUAAAUUAACAUAUGAAAUUGAACAAAAUUCUAUGAACAAUGGAGAAGAAAAGUUGAAUGAUACGCAACCAAAGGACGAUAGUAAGGGAGAAGAAUUACCUUCGGUGCAAGAGGAGAUGAAGAAUGGUAUAGGUGAAAAAGAAGAGCAAAGCGAAACACAAACUGAUAACGAAAGCUAUUCGGUCGACAUUGUUGAAUCCACAACAUCGGAAGUAUCUGAAAUAUCAGAAUCCGUUUCUCAUAACGAUACACAGAAGGAUAAAGAAAGAAUUGAUGACGCUGCAAAUGAUCCAUCAUUCGUUUCUUACGAUUCGUCAAUAAUGUUGAAAGAUGUACAAAUCAGACUGAACGAUUGUCUGAGAGAUAAUUCGAAGCUCUAUGAUGUAAGCAAUGCGGAAGACGCGCCAAAUCAGGUAUUAAAAGAUAUGUCAUUUGGAAAGACGCUGAGAAACAUCUCCGGAAGACAUUCUCUUGGUAGAAUGCGUCACGUUACUUUACGCGAGAAAAGGAUAUCGCCAAAUAGUUCUCUAUUCGUAAAUACAUCGACUAUGUCUAUGCCACAGGACGAAGGAACAGAAUCUAAACUCUUGCAUUAUGGUAGCGGUUUACUGUUGGACAGUUUCUCUACGAACGGUAGCCCAUUGGACAGGAAACGUAAAAUUGAAACAGAAAAUUGGAGCUCGACGAAAAAGCAGAAACAGGAUGAAGAGAGCAGUAGUAUACUAAAUACAUCCAUAAAUCUAUUGAAAGGUUUGCGUAUACCUAGUAUGCAGGUAUCCACACCGAAAGCCAUAUCUCAUAAGUUCGAAUCUACCAAGUUAGAUAGCGGGAUAAAAAAUGAUGACAAUAAAAUGACAGCUGAACCAACUGAGAGUACAAAGAAAUGGUGUAUCAUCAUGUAAACUGUCAUGACAGGCAAUGUGUCACUAUACAGAAAAAAAAUAAAUUUUUAUAUUUUCAAGAAAAAUAACAAGAAUUGUACAAUUAGAAGCAUUUGUUUGAUCUUUUUGCUAGUAGACAGUUUCUUUUCUAAUUAACUAAUUAAAAAUAAUUGCGUUUUUAUUUUAAUGUUCCUAAAAUUUUCUCGAGCAGGUAUAUUUGUUCUAAAAUUUUCAGAAACAUUUUUUGACAUUAAAAUAUAAUGUAUAUUUACUUUACAAUAAUUAAAUAUUAGAGGAAUUUAAUGGUAUUCCCACUUUGUAGACUACUUAAGAAAAAACUUGUGUAAUUUUUCGAUGUCAAUUUUUGGAUACAGUUAUCUAGAAAAGAACGAGUGUAACUAUGAAAAAUAUAAUUUUAUUAACUUUUGACACAACUUACAGAUAAAGACUUGAUUCUAUAGAAUGUACCAACAUUGAAUAUAUGGUAUGAUAUCAAGCCAACAUGUACAGAAUGUAAUGUGUAUUUAAGUGUAUUCAGUACAUGUUUUAUUUUACAACCUAUGACUUAUGAUUUAUAAUUACCUUUAAUGGAUUCUUUAAAUGGAUUCUUUAAAUGGAUCAUGGAUGAUAAAUGUAUAAAAUAUAGAUUUUACUUCGAAUAUUAUAUAAAUAAAAAUUGUUCUGUAACGUUAUAUUAUUCUAACAGAAUGUUUUAUUGGAAAUAAUUUCUUGAGUAUUGAUUCAUGGAUUGUUUUACUUAUUGCUAUUAUUAGAAAAUUUAUAUUUUACACAUGACACUUAUUCAUACAAUGUAAUAUCCAUAUUAUGUAAUAUUAAAAAGACAUUUCCCUCCGUUUAGUUUUUAAUGAAAUAAAAUAUUUAUAUUUUUAAUUUAUAAUUCAUUGAAUUCAUACAAAAAAGAAAUAAAAAAAAAAUAUAUUGUAUUUUGCACAAUGAGUAUCACGAACAAAUUUUUAAAGAUUAAUUGGAAAAUUGAUUAUAUAUUUUUUCCUAGUUGUAGCAAUUCGUUAUUACCAGAUAAGUUGCAGUGUUACUAUUGCAUUUAUAAUAUCAACAGCUUUUUACGACUUACUCCGCCGUAAUAUGAAAUAUUGUUGACUACUCUAUAAAUAAUCUAUAACUUAUAUCAUACAAAGAUUUAAUAAUUAUAUGUAUAAUAUUAGGAGUAUAAUUUUUUAAUUGAUAUAGAUUUAAUCUAUACAUUUUUAAACAGGAGACAUUAAUUAUUUGUGCAAAUUAUUCGAUAUAAGAAUACUCAUUUUUAUUGACAAAUAUUAACAUUUGUUGUAACUGUAAAAAUUGAAGGUGUAAGAUACGAAACUGUAUGCUAUUAUGCAGUGUAUCUCUUAAAAGCAAAGUAAGAAAUAAUAGAAAAUCUGUAUCUUUGGAAAAAUCUCAUUUUAUAUGCGAUUUUGUUAAAUUUUUCUUAUAUUUGAGACUUUUCUCUCGUCAUAGGUUUAAAUAUAUUCUUAUGUCAUUCAUCGAAGAUGAUAUUACGUUGCCUUUAAAUUAAAUCUUUGUUGAGAUAUAUACAUAGCAUAUAUCAGGCUAGAAAUAUUAAACUUCAACCUUCCAUUAUAUCUUAUAAUAAAUGAGGAUUAGAUAAAAUAAUUCGACCAAAGUGAUUUUCGAGUGUUGAUCGAUUUAUUCGUUUAGAUCUGUCGAGAAUAGGUAUUAGAUGCUAAAAUUGUAUACUAUGAAGAGAAAAGUAAUUAAAUGUUGUAAUACUGGCUGAUUUCCUUGUCAAUGCGAAACUGUAAUCAUACACUGAAAAAAAAAUGCAAUAUAUUCAAUAAGAUAUGUUAUUGCGGGCUGCCAAUUAAAAAUAUACUCAAUACAAUAAUAUAUGCUAUUGCAGUAUCAACAUUGUACUUGCAUUAAUAGCAAAUAUUAUUGUAUUGAGUAUUUUAUGUAGUUAGCAGCCCACAAUCACAUAUGUUAUUGGCUGUAUUACAUUUUUUUUCUGUGUAUAGAUUAAUAAUUAUUCAGAACUAAACGAAUAAUCGUUAGGACAUACUUUUAUACUUAUUCGAUUAGUAGAAACGUUAGACGCCUAAAGUGUACAUAGAAACUCAUGAGAUUUAUAAAUAAACAUUUGAAACUGCAA